ACAUGCUGAGACGAGAUAGAAGAGAAAGGUGGUCCACUUGAGUCUAUAGCAGACCGACUUGAGAGAGAAAAGCCGUAUAAGAUAAGGAAUAUAAUAGAGAAAGAGAUAGGAGCAAAAGAGAGAGAGAGAGAGAGAGAGAGAGAGAAGAAGAAGAAGAAGAAGAAGAAGAAGAAAUUAAAUAAGAAAUAUUCCUUCUUGGUAGCUGCCAUAGUUGUAGUUUUAUGGAGUUUUGCUGCUGCUAAAGCCCUCCAAAACCCAGAAUCAAAACGAAGAAGAAGAAGAAGCUAAGAAAUAAAGAAAGAAAGAGAGAGAGAGAGAGAUCUGUAGAAGAAGAGAUGAAGAAGAAGAUGGUGUCAUGCAGAUGUAAACAAUUUUCUAAUCAUCAUCAUCUUCUGGUUUUGUUGUUUUAGCCUUUCUGCUACACAUAAAACAGUGUAACAUCUUGGGAUUUAGCUGUUUUCAGCAAAAUCCUUUUGUUUCUUCUUCUCUCUGUUGCUUGGCUGCUUUAUACAUACAUCCAUAGAUUUUGGCUCUUCUUUAAAUUUGCAGAAGCUGAAAAAAAAAACCAAAAAAAAAAAAAAAUGAUGUCAUCAGAUGAUGCUCUCUCUUCUCUCACUUCCUCCAUGAGAGCCUUCAUUAACAACAACAAUAAUCAAGAUCCCAAUCCAAACCCUAAUCCCAAUCCAACCCAAACCCCAAACCCUAACCCCAAUCCUUCCAACAAGAGAAAGAGAAAUCUCCCAGGCAAUCCAGAUCCGGAUGCAGAAGUGAUAGCGCUAUCGCCAAAGUCAUUAAUGGCGACGAACCGGUUCAUCUGCGAAAUCUGCAACAAGGGUUUCCAGAGAGACCAGAACCUGCAGCUGCACAGGAGAGGGCACAACCUGCCAUGGAAGCUGAAGCAAAGGAACAACAAGGAGGUGAUAAAGAAGAAGGUGUAUAUAUGCCCGGAGAAGAGCUGCGUCCACCAUGACCCGUCUCGAGCUCUGGGGGACCUCACUGGGAUCAAGAAACACUUCAGCAGAAAGCACGGGGAGAAGAAAUGGAAGUGCGAAAAGUGCUCCAAGAAGUAUGCUGUCCAGUCUGAUUGGAAAGCUCAUAGUAAGAUUUGUGGGACUAGGGAGUAUAAAUGUGACUGUGGAACUCUCUUCUCCAGGAAAGACAGCUUUAUUACACAUAGGGCGUUUUGCGAUGCAUUGGCGGAGGAGAGUGCGAGGUUUACUUCUGUCCCGAAUCUCAACUUCCGGAACGAAUUGCUGUCCGCCGGGAACCCCGGAUUCGGAUCUCACGUUUUCCGGCCGCCGCAGAACGAGAUGGUGGUGGGUGUGGACGCGGCGGGGAAUCAUCAUCAGCUCGGUCUGGAUGGGCAGAAGCCGAGGCUGCCGCUUUGGCUGGACGCUAAUAAUAACGCUCAUCAUCUCGGCAAUGCCAACGAGUUCGCCGGCGGCGGCGGCGGCGGAGGAUUAGCGCACGAGCUCCUACAAAUGGCAGCGGCGCCGGCUAAUAUGCUGGGUUUGUCUUCGCAGAACCACUGGUUUCACGGCAGCGGCAGCGCGUCUUCCUCGUCGCUACCGCCGGUGCUGAAGGAGGAAGACGAGGGGAAGAUAAGCUCCAUGUUCUACAAUCACAUCCAGGAAGCGGCGGCGGCGGCGCCGCCAGCUCACAUGUCCGCCACGGCGCUCUUGCAAAAAGCCGCCCAGAUGGGCUCGAGCCGGAGCGGUGGCAACAACACCUCCUCCCCACUUUUCGGCACUGGAUUCGGACUAGUAGGGUCCACCUUGUCCUCCCUAGCGGGCAGUUUCAAUUCAAGAAACGAACUUCAUCAUCAUCAUCAUCAGAACCUCGGAAAACAACAACCUCAGCCACACGAUCAAACUUUGAAUGGUCUGCAAACCUCAAACGCAUCAACAUUGACCGCACCAGCCAAUAACAACAACAACAACACCCAACCAAAUGAUCAUCAUCAUCCCGGCUUGCUAUUGGGGGACAUGAACUCAUCUUCCUUAAUGGGAAAUAAUAAUUUGGAAAACUCUUCUUCUUCAUCAUUGAUGAUGCAAAACACCCAUGGUAAGCACCUCAAUCACACUCUACCAAGUGGGAAUAAUAGUGAAGUAGUUGAAGGGAGUUUGACUAGGGAUUUUCUAGGGGUCGGAGGGAACGAGGGUCAGGGUCAGGGUCAGGGUAGACCCUUUUUCCAACCUCACGAGUUAGCUAAGUUCGCGUCGUCCACUUCAUCCUUACCCUUGAAUGAUUACUCACGACACAACUAAUAUAGUACAUCUCGACUCACUUUUUUCUCGAUCAAAAUUGAUCAUUCCUAUAUAAUUAUUCUCUCUGUCACAUUUUAUUGUGUAAAGUGGGUUUUACAAAUGUUGAGAGGCUAAUUAUGUGGAAGAUUGAGCUAAGAGGUGAGCAAAAGACAGGAUUUGGAAAGGAGAAACUUUCAAGAUCUUGUGAAUUGUCAGAGGGGGUGGGUGUGGGGGAGGGGGGUAGGGGGCCACUGGAUGUUUGAAAAGACUUGACAAAAAGCGACAUAGCAAUCACAAGGCAGGCAGGCUUUCCAAGCUCCAUCGUAUUACUUACUGCAUGUAGAAAAAUUUCCCCCUUUUCUAUAGUUUAUUUUUACCUUUUUAAAUUUUUUGUUGGACCACUGUGAGCCUGUGACUGUAUAGGACCAAUGAUGCAGUGGGAUCAGUAGUUUUUUUUUUUUUUUUUUAAAUAAUGGGAUUUUUGAUUUUGUAGUUUUCAGUUAUAAUUAAACAUUAUGCUUGAUUAUUGUCAUUGCUGAGCUUAAUUUUUGAA